UCCUCCAUCAUGUUAACAGAAAACUCCUCAGAAGAACAAAAUUUAAUCCCAGUGUUAGAAAUUGUUAACAAAAGAGACAUUCCGGGUUAUAUGACUCCUAUUGCUAAGAACGCAGACAGUGAUGAAGAUGAAAACGAGGCCUACAGUGACGAUGAUGGAGAUUUUAUCCUCUACACAGACUAUGUUAAGAACGUAAACAUAAACCAUACCAACUAUCGAUGGUUUCUCAUUCUAUCUGCAAUGUGGAUGCCAAAACGCUGGAACAAAAAGUAUGGCUGCUUGGCUUCCAUUUCAUUUUAUUUUUACAGAACCUUCCUUUCGUCUAUUCUCCUGUCAUUUAUUAGUUUUGAGUUUGGGCUAUUCUGUUUGUGCACUUAUGAGACUUGGUUACAACUAGAUCGAAAAUUUCCCUUCACCAUUGCUGAUUAUAUAAUUUGGAAUGUGCGUUGGUUUUCCACCUACGUGUUGGGGACAUGUUACUGCAGUAUGGGGCAUAUUGCUAAAUUACUGACAGGUAUACAGUUACCUGUAAUCGAAUGGCAAAGAAAUCGCAAGAAACUUAACGCGUAUUUGAUUUUCAUAUUCCUGUUACUGGUUGCAUAUCCAUGUGGCAUACUGCAAUUUGAUCUAGACUGGCUAGAGAAGAAUCAAACGAAUAAAUAUCGCUCCCUACCAAACCCUGUCAUACUUAUUUGGAAAUUUAUAAGUCGUUUGAUCAUCUUACCAUCCUUUUGUUUACUUACCGUGGUUUUGCAUUUGUUAGGGGAUCAUGUACUAGCCGUGGGGAAACGAGUCUGUGUUUUGUCCCUUAAGGAUAGGACAAAACCAUUGACUGAAGUUAGGGCUAUUUUUAAAGAAUUAAAAACGCUGAUUAGAAAAACUGAGCAAGCCUUGAGUCCGUACUUAAUACUGCACUUAUUUCUCUUGAUAUUUUGUGCUUUUACAACCAUGAUGUCUACUAUCGAACGGUUGGAGUUGCGAAGCAACAGUACACUUGAUAAAAACCUGACCAGCAGUCCCUUGGUCUUCCCCAUUGUUAAUUUCGAUAAGCUUUUGAGAGCAAAGGAAAACUUGGAAAAAACAAAAACACUUUUAAUUUCGAGUAGCAUACAAGAUAACUCAACAUUGCUCAAUGUUUCAAAUACAAAAAUGAUUUAUGAAAGUUUAACCAAAACUCAAGAGAUUCAAAUCGACUGGAUGGAAAAGUUAUUAACAUUUCAAUUGAACCAAAACAAUUCCCUUAGAACAGACUCCGACGCUUUUUACAUUUUUAUUAUCAGUAUCGAAGAUAAGCGAAGUGCACUACGUGUUAUACUGGAUAACAUACUCAGUCUUGUUGAGAUAUUAAUUCUAUACAUGGUUCCGCUCUGUUUAAUUAUUCGGAUUGAUUCGAACAUAUUAAAAGUUCAAGAUUUUAUAACAGAUAUAGACGUGCCAACCCAACUUAAGAAUGGUUGGGUAUUUAAUACAGAUGAAGAAAUAAAGGUGACGUUGAAGUAUGUUGCCACGGUACAAGGAAUACGAGUGUUUGGAGUUCAGAUCCAAUUUUUUAAAACGUUAAUACUAGCAGCUUUUGCACCAUUUUGUGCGAUUGCAAUGAGAGGAAUAUGGAAGCACUAUGGUUUCUUUUGAGCAAUUCGCUAUCCCGUUAUGAAGGGAAUUGAGAAGAUGCAGGAAAUACACGAGAAGAGAGGACUUGGAUCCUAUAUUUCUUAAACGUUUUCCCAGGAAAGUGUUAAAAACUUUGAAGAGUGGGAAUUUAUUUUUUAGAUUUUGUAAAGUCAAGUAAGUAAUACCUGCAAGUAACUAUUUUAGAAUUUUUAGAGUUCGGAUAAUUUUUCUCUCGCCCAGUCAUGUUGAUUCUUUAGAUUUAACUUAGAACAUGUGACAUUCCAAAAAUACUUCUAUCAACGAAACUUAAAGGCUAUUUAAUUAUGUGUAGAUGUACAAGAUUAAUCCAAUCUCGUUCCCAGGAUUUCAUAUCCUCCUUUAGCGCCGGAUUGAUAGAAAGCAAAAAAGACUCUAGCGACGAGAUUGCUCUUUUUUUAAUUUUAUUGUAAUUGAGCGUUGUCAUUCUUAACAGCCAAGAGAUUUAUUCCGCCAUGUUCAAUAUAACUCUAGCAAGUCUCUUUCUGUGAUCCAAAUGGUAGCUGCGAGCGACCAUGCCCGAAUUCCUGUGGAUUUUUUCACUGUUAGUUUUCGAUAGAUCCCAGUCGAACUACAUCAUUUUCGACUAGUUUUGUUGUUGACGCUAAUAGAGUUAUUAACAUCAUUAUAAAUAGAUUAAUAUAAUUCUGUAAACAUAUUUUUUACGCAUAUGAAUUUUAAUGAACAGAGUUAUGUGAAUGUUACACCGGCUUUGAACUUGUGGAGGUUGAAAUUACAGCGAUUUUUAAGGAAUUUAGGCUUUUUGGUUAGAUACAAAUUCUCAAGGAACACCAAUUUUUUGCUGAUGCCAGCAUAUUUCGCUUUCUGGGCGUAGCAUGUGUCUUUUCUCUUCGGAAAUCUUGAAAAAAGCACAUUGCAUUUUCAACGUUCUAUACCAGGCCGGAGUAUACGUCAAAAACAACUUCAAAACUAUCCUCGUCCCCAGGGUUUGUUGUCUAUGUCAAAGUCGCUAGCGCUCAUGUCAAAAAGGCAAAAGCCCCUAGGGACGAGGCUGCUUAAAAACAGCUAUAAGCCUAGGAUGGUAGCUUGUGAUAAGCUGUUGAUGGCUAUAUAAAGAUUUUUUUAAAGUUUUAUAAGGAGCUUGCAUUCUCGUUCCUAGAACUCUUAGAGUUUUAUUUUUGCUCUGGGCUCUAAAAUGAGGAGCUUGCGAAUAAAAAACGGCACAAGAAAAUAUUGUUGUAAAUAUUAUACGAAUUUCUUUUAUAUUCGAUGUUUUGUGAUAAUUUGUUAAAAAGUUGUAGAUAGCAAAGUCCGACUAACUAACAUUAUGUCUGAAUAAACAAGAUAUCGGUUUA